AUGGUUAGAAAACUUGGACCGAGACUUCACCGAAUAGGUUCCUUAUAUCCUAUGGAAUAUGUAGUUAAAAGCAAUUCGGCGCAAGAAAAGUUGUUUAGUAUCCAGCCUGAAACAAUAUAUUCUACAGGUAGUAAUCCUUCAACCGUUCCUAACUCUCCUUCCGAUUCAGCAACCAUUGUUGGUUCACCUAUAUCAACUAGAGCUAGUUCCCCUUUUGAAAUAGAAAUUAGCGAUACAAAAUCACAAACAAAAACACCCACAGAUUAUUUUUCUGAGUUCACAACACUAUGUUCGAAGUCUUCACCAACAAAUACUUUAUCGGAAUCAUCAAAUAGUUCAAUAACGACUCCGGAUUAUUAUUAUUCAACCAUUCCUAACUUGUCAACGCCGUGUAAUAACAAGUUUAAUUUAUCAUCUGCUGGUUCUCAAAAGACAAAUAAAAGAAAAUCAUCCGUAAAGAAAGAUACACAUCAAUUGCAAUACGAGCAAAUUAUUGAGUUUAAUGACAAUAUUAAACCGAACGAUGUGAAAUCUGAAGAGCCAAUUACGAAUUCCGGAAUGGUUUCAAAUGUUAAAUCAGAAUAUACAUUCGUAGAAGAAAGUUUCGGUUUAGUGAAUUCUCCAAUAUAUAUGCAGGAAAAUCCGAUUCAAACGACUGGGGAAUCUAAUUUUUGGGAAAUGCCGCAGUAUUUAUCGUACAAUAGUUAUUAUAAUUUACCGAAUGGGCCUCUCAAGCAUGGAAGAUCAGGCGACGUAUUUUUGACGGAUUGGAAUGACCAAGAUUCCGUGUUAGAUCCUUAG